UCGUUCUUUUUCGGGGCCCUUCGUUUGUCACGUGACUCUGCUACGACUUCUCCGGCGGCAGGAGGUAGCGGUUGUUAAGCUAGACGGCAGCUAUCCUUUAUACCUUUAAUUUUGGUAUUCAAGGCUUGAAACGAUCCAGCCAUGGAAAUCGGGGCAGAGAUCAGCAAAAAAAUAAGAGCUGCUAUCAAGGGCAAGCUUCAAGAACUGGGUGCAUAUAUUGACGAGGAGCUUCCCGACUACAUCAUGGUGAUGGUCGCCAAUAAGAAAACAUCCGAGCAGAUGGCGGACGACCUCUCGCUUUUUCUUGGAAACAACACCAUCAAGUUCACAGCUUGGCUGCAUGGCGUACUGGAGAAGCUAAGAACAGUUGCAGUGGAGCCUGCCUCUGUCGGACUUGAGCAGCAGUCAAGCACAGCGACUUUGAAGACAGAAGAGUUAAGGUCUCGCUCUGAUAGAACGGAAUCACGCAGCUCUGCCCAUGAAAACAGGUCGUCUACAGAGAAGUCUUUGUCCCGGCUGACCUCCGCCGUCAAACCCCUCAUGGAGCUACUUCCGUCCGACGCUGUCAUCGACAUCAAACCAGAGCUAGAUGAUGACUUUAUCGCAGAGGAUGCUGUAGUGAUGGCCACCAACACGAGAGGAACUCGGGGCGCGGCAAACCGGCCGACGGCAGAAAUCUACAGGCCGGGUCAGAGCAGACUGGGUUCAGCGCUGCGGUCCGCUGAGGGGUCUUCACAUGGCAGGCACCAGGAGAGCAGGAGCAGCAGAACUUCCAGAAGCAUCUCCAUCAAGGAGGAGUUGUCACGGAAACGCAAGGCGCCAGUUGCUAGUUCGGUGAUACGCGUGAGCCGUGACACAGACGAGGACAGCGAGGACGUCGAGGAAGAAGAGGAAGAGGACGAAACGAGCUAUGGAGGACGAGGCGUGUCAAGUCGAGUGUCGCUGCCUUCCAAACCAGAGCGCAAAUCCUCCCUCCCACCAGCCAUGCAAGCCAACAGGAACCUGAUCCUGAAGGCCAUCUCCGAGGCGCAGGACUCCAUCACCAAGACAACAACCUUCGCGACACUACCACAGAAGCAGACGGUUCCCGUUGCCCCUCGCGCCCGCCUGGUGAGAGGCGACGAGAUGACUGCAGCCAUUCAGCUGAUGCAGCAGCAACUGCAUCGCGGGGCCUCCAGGGAGCCACCGAGCAGACAUUCUGCUCCAGCUAAAUCUGUGGCUUCACACGCUCAGUCGGACACGUCGCAGCACAACGAGGAAGCAGAGAAGAGUGACGACUCGAGCGGCGAGCCAAAGCAGUUUGAUACACGCUCUUUCAUCGUGAGUCGACCGCAGCUGGACGAAAGCAGAAGUCCGCAGGACGGGAAGCUAAAAGACGAGACCGCCUCACCAUUGCGCACCAUCCAAGCCAGCAAGGAAAAGGAAAAUGCGGAGAGUCCCAAGUUCAUUGUGACGUUAGAGGGAGUUCCGAGCCCGCUGGGGAACUUCACAGAGUCCGACAUGGAUCUGGAAGAUGUGAGACCACCCUCCAAGUUCGCCAGUCGGGAGUCCAAAGUCAGCGUCCUUGAUCGAUUGCAUGGAGGCCCUUCGAUUGGAGACUGUCUGGUCGAUGCUGAGAUGUUUGAGGAUGACGCCGUUCCUUCCAAGAAACAAAAAGGGAUUGAGCGCUGCAGGUUCUGGCCCGUCUGCAAGAGCGGAGACGAGUGUCCCUAUCAUCACCCGACAAGAAUAUGCAAGACUUUUCCCACCUGCAAAUUCGGGGACAAAUGCCUCUUCAUCCAUCCCAACUGUAAAUACGACGCCAGGUGCAGCAAGCCAGACUGUCCUUUCACCCACGUUAGCCGCAGGGGCAUUGCAGCCCCUCCACCUGCCCGGCCAGUCGCACCCCAAACGGCCAGCGUGUGCCGCUUCUUCCCACAGUGCAAGAAGAUGGAUUGUACCUUUUAUCAUCCUCAGCCUUGUCGCUUCGCGGCCCAGUGUAAGCGAGACGGCUGCACCUUCUUCCACCCCAGUCCGUCCGUGCCUCCCAGACAUGCCUUGAAGUGGACCAAGGCACAGAGCAGCUAAUGACACCUGCAGAGGUCCACGUCGCCGCAUCAUUGGAUUCAUGACCUUUUAGUUGUUCUACGUUCAGUUAUGUUGUAUUGUGUAUUGAGUUUUAGAAAUGUUUUUGUAAGACGCUUGGCUUUUUUGCUGAAGCUGUCACACUAUUAAAAUACAGCGACAAUG